UAUAUAUGAAAUAGUUUUGUUAAACGAAAAGAGGAAGUAAAUUAUACUUCUUACUUUAAAGUUAAUAUUAUUAUAUUCUGUUUCCUAUAAUAUCGGUGACUCGGCUUUCUUUACAGUAUUCUAUGGGUUAAAUUGUAUCAAGAAGGAUAUAAUUGUUUAUAUCAUUAUGAAGUCUACUAAAUAUUUUCUGUGUAUUAAAAGGAUUUACCAGUCAUAUUUGACUGUAUAAGUUAUACGUUAACAGCUGGCGGCUCACCAAACGGCCAAACCGUAACGAUCUAAGAGGAUUUCGAAAUUCGAGUUCCAGUUCCCGUUGUGGAUGCCUUAACCACUAUGUCACAGUGAACCAGAUAUGGACUAUUCAGAACAACCGAAGUCUCCGGAACAGGGACCGAAUUUUGUCAACAACUUUGACGACAAUGAAGACUCAAAGGUCACAAAAGACAUUGAAACAGAAGAUCAAGGAACCGCAGGGCUAAACGAGAACCGUACUAAUGGAAGAGAGACUAGUGCGCAGAACGCGCCCAAGUAUACAGCAGAGGAAAUCAUUGAAAGUUUGAAUGAUGAAGUGAAAGGAUUAAAAAAGGAAAAUUCUGACUUAUUGCAAGAACUGAAGUCAGUAGAGGAUAUGUAUGAAGAAAAGUCAAAGUUAGCUGCCGAAAAUGAGGACAAAAUCAAAUUCUUAGAGAAUCAGAUCAAAACAAUGGGUGAAGACAACGAAACCCUUAAAAGAAAGUUCGAAUCAGCAGAUGAGGAACUGAGAGAAAAGAUUGCAACUCUCGCAAUAAAGGUCAGUCAAUACAGUGAAAUCGAAUGUGAGAAGCAGGCACUCCAGAAUGAUUGUGAUGCACAGAAGAAAAGUGUAAAUGAAUUAAACGAGAAAAUAAAAAAGAAGGACAACGACCUUGCAGAAAGAGAACAUGAGGUAGAAGUAUUAGAAAAACAAUGCAAAACCCAUAAAAAUAGGAUACUACGUCAGCGAAAAUUUUUAACCAACUAUAAGGCAGAAAUUGAAGGAUUGGAAAAAGUUCAAGAGGAGAAAACGAAGGAAAUUGAUAGGUUAAAGCAGUUCGAAGCUGUCAAUCCGGCACUUAAAGAACAACUUGUACAACUUGAACGUAGAAAACUCGAAACUGACAAAAAGCUGGAGCAAGCUGAAAAUGGAAUAAGGCUGCUUAAGGAAGAAAUACGAGCUGUAGGACUGGAAAAGCAAAAUCUAUUACUUCGGUUAAGCAAGUUAGCUGGGGCAAAGCUUUCUCUUGAUAACCCAAAUAUCGCAGAUCUUAGCGACGGUAAACGGCCAACAAAACUUUCUGAGGAGUUUUCUGAGCUGUAUGAUAACGAGUGGACCGAUGCUUUCGACGAUGUAAAAAUUGAAGACGAACGAGCUAAAAUAUCAUUUAUGCUAGAGUUACUUAAGAGAGCAAAUGAUUUGUGUCAUGAGGUGUCGCGUGAGCAUAUGAACAGAAUAAAGACGAAUAUAUGUACACUAUGCGUAAAAGAUCCUUCUGAAAGAGAACUCCAAAAACAACCUAAACAACAGCUAAAAGAGGAUAAACAAGAAGUGGUGAUUGUAUCUGUAGAGGUGAGAUUAGAAAACAGCAGCUCCCCUGCAAAUACAAUGCAUCAAAGAAGCCCACGACAACAUGAUGAACCUCGUGGACCUUCCGUGGUUGCUUCUCCAGACACAGAUAUUGAGCAAAACGAGACUACAAAGGAUGUUGCAGAAACAACUGGGACUGUUGCAAAAGAAGACUUUGAAAUGAUUGGAAAAGCUGAACAAUUCAGUGAUGAAGAUAUAUCUGAGCAAUCGAAAAUGGAGGAGGUACAUGAAGUUGUCUUUGAUUUCAACAGUUUUCCACAUGAUAAUAAGAAAGCUAUCAUGGAACUAAGGAAGUUUGUUGAAGUCAAAUUGUCGGAUCAGUUCGAAGUAAUUGCUACAGACGUCAUUGCCAGGAAAUGUCGUAUUGACAAUGAGACACAGAACACAGUUUCGAAUUACAUCACGAAGUGCGUAAACAUUUGUUGGUCUAUGUGCCGUCUCGACCCUCCUGUCUAUAUCAGCUUUCCAGAUGAAAAUGGUGAUAUGCAGCUUGAUACUAGUGUCUAUAAACCGUAUACAAAAUCGGGCAGACUUAUAGACUAUAUUGUAUGGCCUGCGCUAUAUUUGCACGAGGGUGGACCGUUGCUGAGUAAAGGUGUUGCUCAGGGAAGGAUCUAAACAUAUGUUCAUAGUGCGGUCAUUUUACAUAAUUAUUAAAAAAGAAAAAGGGAGAGUUAUUCAGAAUUGUUGAAAACUGCAUGUGUGAAGAAACUGCGAAAGUCACGAGUACGAAAAACUAUAUGUGUUGGUAUUUGAAAGAAUAUAAAUUAAUAUUUCCCUGAGGAAAUGUGACUUUAUUGAUAUUUAAUUCUCUUGUGCGUAGUUUCGAGAUGAUAAAAGAAGUCCCCUCAAAAUUAUGUUGGUUUUUUUUUUUGUUAAUAAAAUCUGUACAAAGAUCCUCUGGAAGCAAAGAAAGCAACCAAAAAGAAUAAUAGCAGACUGGGAUUGAUUGAGUCUGUUCAUGAGAGGUAAUGAAAUAUGCAGCACCUCUCACGCCCCCUAGCAUCGGCUAAAGCGGAACUCUAUUACAUAUAUGUUGAAUGGACUCCAUGAUCUCAAAGGACCAGAAAAUAUAUCAACACUGAAUUAAAGUACGGGGUGACUUUUUGCAGCCGCCACACGGCACUUAAAGAUUGCUGUUGUGAUAGUUAAUAAAAUCUGCAAAGAAUGCAACCAAGAAGAAUAAUAGCAGACUCGGUUUGAUUGAGUCUGUUCAUGUUAAGUUUACAUUUUUUUUAUAAACGUUUUGGCAUAAGACUGUUUGCAGAUUCACAUAUCAUUAUGUUUGUAGAUUUGCAUAUAAUUUUGUUUGCAGUUUGCAGAUUAACAUGUCAUUUUCAAAAUUGUUUGUAGAUUUACAUAUCAUUUUGUUAGAAUAUUUCAAUAUGAAAAAGGAAAACAUACUUGACAAAAGAACACUUCAGCGUUUUUAGUUUUCUAGUGAGACGUUUUACUUAAAAUGUUAAUUUGUAAAAUGGGAAUAAUGUAUACUCAUGGCAGUUUCUUAAUGGGUGGUAUGAAAGGUGGGUAUGUUCCUAUUUAUCGUUUUAGCGUUGUGGUUGAAGCUUAUGUUUUGCAUUUUAUUUACACAGAUACCACUUUGAAUAACGUUUGAUGCUUUUAUUUUUACUUCUAAUAUCUAAACAUCUAAAAACAUAUCUAUUACAAUGCAGAAUUCACACAAUAAUAUUUUAAGGUAACCCCAUUUUAUUUAAUUGAAGCACACAUUGUAACUUUCAUGGUCGUGCCUGUGCAGUUUAUAGAAUCAUUUAGUUUUCACAACUGUAUUUAUGGAUGUUCAAGGAAUACAUGUUUGAUGCUGCUGCUUCAGUAAAAUGUUUUGACAGUUUCACUUUUCAUGCCGCGGAAAUUUUAUUAGGUCGAUAGACUGAAGAUUGUAGGAUAUAUCCAUUUCCUAUAAAUAAUUGAGAUUGUCGUCUAAAUUCUUCCUACAUAAUAUCUUCUUUUAAAUUGUUUCUACUAAUAUUUUGUAUAGUUUCUGAUUUAUUUGUACUAAAGUGUCUACUAUAUGAAUAAGUA